UAUUAUGGAAACCGGGGGAGGGUUUGCCUCACAAUCAAUUAGGCACAUUGGCUGGAAGUCGGAACUAUUCAUUGGAUGCCGUCUACCAUUACAUGAGAUGCCUAUGCACUGAACACCCAUUUGACGGAACCGAGGGCAAUCUAAAUCAGCUGUUAGACAAGAGUAAACAACAGCUGGAAUCAGCUGAUUUUUUGGUUGAAUCAGCUGAUUGCGCUCUCAAACGCGCUGUGGUGAGACUGCUCAUAUGCGCGCGCAGUUGGUUCUGUAACCGUCCUCCAGUCUCUCAGAAGGUAUGUGACGCGCUAUUGGUCGAUCUGAGAGAGAGUCUACAUGCUGUGGAAGUGAGUGAGCCAAUAGGAGAGCCCGAUGAUUUACAGCAAUUAUUAGCAAUGGGGAAAGCAAUCAACGAAAAACCCCAAAAGAUGACUGAAGAAAUGCUAUUCAAGAGUGUCGUCAUACUGCUAAUGUGCCUGCAUAAUCUGAAGAAAAAAGGCAGCAGCGAGCUGUGCCUAGCAGUUUCACUCCAGCUGUCAGUGAUGGCCCAGGUGCUGCGAGAGAUUAUGCUGAAGGUUGAGUCAGUUCUGCCUCCUCCCCAGACUCCCCCACUCCACCCACCUCACAGUCGACGUAGGAGGAGGAGGAGAAGAAUGAAGCAUAGGAGCAGUUCGUGUGAGGAGGGGUCCAGCGGUGGAAGCCAAGGUCAGAAAUAG